AUGUCAUCUUUGUCAUUUCGACCAUCAAAAAGUUCAAAAAAAUCUGUAUCAUCGACUGUAGAGAUUAUGCGAGUUGAUCAAUCUUUUAAUGCUCGGCAGUCAAGAAAGAGUCCAAAGGAUGCUUCUACUCCUGAUAUUAAAAAUGGGGGUAUAUCUCGACGAAGAUCUGUUCCAAGUUCUCGUCAUUCAAGAAACUUACAAAUACAAUCAAAAGUAGUAAAAUCACAAAGAUCAACAAGUAAUUCAGGUCAACAUGAAAUAGGAAUUAACAAUGAAGAUGAUAAUGUAGACCAAUAUAUUGAUCUGUUAAAUAUUUCAUCUACAUCAACAGCCACAGAAAAUAUGGAAACAUCUCAACAACCUGCUGAUUAG